AGCCCCGUCCCGCUGCGCUCCUCGCAACUCCUGCUAAACUAUCCCAAAGCGGAGGCGCUUUUCACAGGCAGGAUCCUGUAGCCCUCUGCGUCUCCUUCGGGGGGGUUUGGUGCCGAGGCUGUUUUCUCCCUUUCCAUAUAAAGUUCUGGGGCUUGCAGAGAUUGCUGCACAAGCAAAGGGUAAUGAUUGCCCUUAGCAAGAAAGGCUCAUGCUCUUCUCAACUCUGCCUCGCUCUCUGCGCCUUUGGGGUGGCAUUGCUGAGGGACGUGUCCCAGGCGGUACCCAUGGACGAUCAGGAUUAUUACCUGCAGGAGAUUAGCAACAGGGAUCACUAUUAUUCCUUUCCAUAUCCUGGUGAAGAGUUUUUCCCUUUCACGGAGCAGCCCGGAGAGGAAGGACCUAUCCGUGCUGCAGAUACAGAGGAGCACCCCCAGUUCAAACCCAGCAGGAAAGAGUUAAAAGCGAAGAAAAGCAACAAAAAAGGAAAAGCCAUUCUUGAAACUCCACCAGAUUGCCCUCCACUUGGACUAGAGACAUUAAAAAUUACUGACUUCCAGCUCCAUGCCUCUACAGCAAAGCGGUAUGGCCUUGGGGCCCACAGAGGAAGGCUUAAUAUUCAGGCAGGUGUUAACGAAAAUGAUUUUUAUGAUGGUGCUUGGUGUGCAGGAAGAAAUGACCCAUAUCAGUGGAUUGAAGUAGAUGCUCGAAGGCUAACAAAAUUCACUGGAGUCAUCACACAGGGGAGAAACUCCCUCUGGUCGAGUAACUGGGUGACCUCUUACAGAGUAUUGGUGAGCAAUGACAGUCAUGCAUGGACUGCUGUCAGAAACGAAUCUGGAGAUGUGGUAUUUGAAGGAAACAGUGAAAAAGAAAUCCCAGUUCUCAAUAUGUUGCCGGAGCCACUGGUUGCUCGUUAUAUCCGUAUAAACCCACGGUCCUGGUUCCAAGAAGGUAGCAUCUGUAUGAGACUGGAAAUCUUAGGGUGUCCUUUGCCAGACCCAAAUAAUUAUUACCACAGGAGAAACGAAAUGACAACCACAGAUAACCUGGACUUCAAGCAUCACAACUACAAGGAAAUGAGGCAGUUGAUGAAAACUGUGAAUAAAAUGUGCCCAAAUAUCACACGGAUUUAUAACAUUGGAAAAAGCAACCAAGGACUGAAGCUGUAUGCUGUCGAGAUUUCUGACAACCCAGGAGAACACGAAGUUGGUGAACCAGAAUUCCGGUACAUUGCAGGAGCUCAUGGGAAUGAAGUGCUUGGACGUGAGCUAAUCCUUUUGCUAAUGCAGUUUAUGUGCCAGGAGUACCUGGCUGGGAACCCACGCAUUGUACAUCUAAUUGAGGAUACCAGAAUCCACCUCCUGCCCUCAGUCAAUCCAGAUGGAUAUGACAAGGCAUAUAAAGCGGGUUCAGAAUUAGGGGGCUGGUCUUUAGGACGAUGGACUCAGGACGGCAUUGAUAUCAACAAUAAUUUCCCUGAUUUAAACUCUUUGCUCUGGGAGUCAGAGGAUCAGAAGAAGAGUAAAAGAAAAGUUCCAAACCAUCACAUCCCUAUCCCUGACUGGUACCUGUCUGAAAAUGCCACCGUGGCAGUGGAGACAAGGGCAAUAAUAGCAUGGAUGGAAAAAAUUCCUUUUGUGCUGGGUGGCAAUUUGCAGGGAGGGGAGCUUGUGGUGGCAUACCCCUAUGACAUGGUGAGAUCCAUGUGGAAAACCCAGGAUUACACACCUACCCCAGAUGACCAUGUCUUUCGUUGGCUUGCAUAUUCCUAUGCCUCCACACAUCGGCUGAUGACAGAUGCGAGGAGGAGAGCGUGUCACACAGAGGAUUUCCAAAAGGAAGAUGGCACUGUUAAUGGAGCAUCCUGGCAUACCGUGGCUGGAAGCAUAAAUGACUUCAGUUAUCUGCACACAAACUGCUUUGAGCUGUCCAUCUACGUUGGCUGUGACAAGUAUCCCCAUGAGAGCGAGCUGCCUGAAGAAUGGGAAAACAACCGCGAGUCCCUGAUUGUUUUUAUGGAACAGGUUCAUCGGGGCAUCAAAGGCAUAGUAAAAGAUGCGCAUGGAAAGGGAAUCCCAAAUGCUGUUAUUUCAGUAGAAGGCGUUAACCAUGACAUUCGCACAGGAGCCGAUGGGGACUACUGGCGCCUUCUCAACCCAGGGGAAUACGUGGUGGCCGUGAAGGCUGAGGGCUACACCACCGCCACCAAGACCUGCGAAGUCGGCUACGACAUGGGAGCUACCCAGUGCGAUUUCACCAUCUCCAAAACCAACCUGGCAAGAAUCAAGGAGAUCAUGAAGAAGUUUGGGAAGCAGCCGGUCAGCCUGUCCAUCCGGCGGCUCAGGCAAAGGGCUCGGCAGUGGCGGCAGCAGCGAUAGACCUCAGCCCAGGCAGAACCACAGCAUCCAUGAGCUCUGCUUCUAUCAGCCUGGCUCUAGUCGUAGUGAGAGUUACAUAGCUCCUCUUUCAUACAUAUUUCUCUGCACGAGGCUUUUCUGUUAGUGGAGCUGGAUGAAUAAUGGGGGAGUUCAGUUGGAAAAAAAUAAGAAACAAAAUUCAAGUUGAACCAAAAUAAGCCCUGGGCUGGGGAGAGAGGCAGGACGAAUGUAGAAAGAUGUUUUGAGUUAACCUGGAAUGAUUUUUUUUUUUUGCUUAUUGGGUUAUUUAAUCCUUUGUAAAUCUGUUUUCUUUAAAAUAGAAAAGAGAGACUUAUAAAGAAGUGUUGUUUUGAAUGAAAAACUGUAAAACGUUGUUUCUAAAGUAUAAAAUUGGUAUAUUUUUGCCUUUCAGAAAGGAUUUUACACUCUUUACGUUUUGUUCUCAUGUGAGAGAAAAGGAGACAACUUCUAUUGAAUAUCAUUAAAAUUUGUGUCAAAAUUUCAAUUCCCUUUUCCCUGAAUUUCCACCUUUUGGCAAGCACCAUAAUACUUGGGAGAAAAAAACUGAUGCAAAUAACCCAGUUUAGAUUUCCUGCUUGGGUUGUUUAUAUUUAAGGAUGUUUUGUGGUUCCAGAGUUUAAGGCCACAAAUGUUUUUUUUUCUUAUCUGGAUUUUAAGGCUGAGUUUUUACUCACUUAAUUAAAAGUAAAAAAAAAAGGGCAUGGGAUGAGGACCACUUCAGCAAUGUGGCAUGGCACCCCUUCUCUAACCUGGGAAAGGGACUUGAAACAAAGCCUUUCUUGUCAAUACAGCUGGUCAUAUAGUGUAUGAGAGGACAGGCUUGGUCAUGGGUAUGUGCAGAGUUCAAAAAUCCACUGAUAUAUUUUGCCUUGAUUUUUGGCCUGCCUCAGUUCUUCUGUGCUCAUGCACACUUUGUGUCACUGACUUCCCUGAGAUGGAGAGGAUUUUCUAUUCCUCUGCGUGCUCUGCUCAUCUUGCCACUCCAGCUGCUCCUGCUUUUCUGGCCUUACAACUCUAUGGGAGCAGGAUUUGGGCUUUAUUAUUGGCUUUUGAGUAACAAAAUUAUACAGCAGGACAGAAUCAAGGUUCAGGAAAUAUGCAGUUCAGAUCUGGGAAAGAACUAAAUAAACACAAAGUAUCAGCUGGUGAAAAUCAAUUUUGCUCCAUUAACUUCAAAGUUAUGACCUUUAUUAUACCAAAUGAAAGGCCAGAUGCACGAUUUUAGCCAGUCAAAAUUCUAGGGCUAAGUAAACAUCUCUUCAUAUGCUUGGUAGAAAGACUGUGGCAUACAUUUCCAAAUAAAAUUGUUUAAAGCAUUUUAAUUGCUAUUAUAGUUUCCUAUUUGAUCUGAUUCUUGGAAAACACAUUCAAAGUGUCAUUAAAAACAGAGGAAAAAUACAAUGCAAGUAAAAAGCUUACUGUAAAAAUACCAUGUGCCAUCUCUAUUAAAUCUUUUUUUUCUCGUCAAUGGAUCUUGUAAACACAUAAAAGGAAAAAGAUUACAGAAUGAAUAAUAUAAUCAUAGAUAGUUUUGUUCUUAAAUUUCUUAGACAAUUCCAGCCCAUGUUUUUUCUGCAGAUGCUCUUAAACAAGAGCAAUGUAUUUGGCAGCAAGGGCUCAAAUAAAAUAAAGAGUGCAGAUGUAAUUUUCUAUAACUGAAAUUAUGGGAUUCCAGCUCCCAGUCAGCAUCAUUUAAAUUAAGUAAUAGAGGUAAGCAAAUAAUCCAGUCAUUACGUUAACAUCUGGAAUUAUAUUUUACUUAUUUCAUUUUGUUUACCACCCUUACAGCAUUCUAUACACCAUAUGUCUUUGUAUAGGAAAUAUAACAGCAACUUGGUGAGAAGGGGCUUUUUUUGGCAGCUGGGAAGGAUUAAUGAUGUCAUGUGCAGGCAGUGAUGGGAAAUGAUUUUGGAAUAAGGAGUAACGACAGUAGACAAUUUGUUAGCAUUUGGCUUGUUCAUUGGCAUAUGUGGAUUUUAUUAUCACCACAAUAGAUCAGGGUCAUACAUGAUUUUUUGUAUUAUAGGCUGAGUUUCUGAGGUGGCUUCUUCCCUCCCAUGGCUACUCAGUUAAUGGGGUGAUUGGCAUGCACAGGCAAACAAGGAACUAACUAGACAAAUUUAAAUCACUCUGAUAAUCAGAUUGAGGGUACAAACCGCUAUCUUAUUCCUGACAGGCGAGUUCUUUCUACCUUGUUCCAGACUGGUUUGAGAUUUAAUUUACAAACCUAGAGGUCCCUAUGCUUUGUUCUCAGGUAUGAGGUUGUCUCCAUGAGAAGUUGUUUUGUUUUAUUUGAUAGCAACAAGUGGAUUUGAUGGGAAAUUCUUUGAUGUCUAUUGGCUAAAUUAGAUGAACUCUGGUUGAAGACCUCAGUAACAUCAGAUGCUGAAGGCUCGGUGCUCUUUACUGGCCACGGCUAGUGCUUACACAUACUUUGGCACAGCAGAACUAUGACUCAUGCAGGUGACCUUACUCCAUUUUAGCCCAGGCAUUGCUAAAUAAAUGGCCUAAUAGUUGUCAAGUGUACUUGUCUCUGCAAUUAUUUUUUGACAGUCCGGCACCUUUACACUGGGAAACACUCAAGUUCAAAGGAAUUUUACUGGGAACUUCAGGUAUAUCAAUGUUUUAUAUUGAGAUAAGAUGCGUAUGCCUGCCCUGAGUAUAACAAUACUGAACAAAUGUGUGCCUUAUUUAGUGCUCUGGUUAUGCACUUGGGAGUUAAAAAUGUUUAAUUUCUUUGUAAUACCUAGUACAGCUAUUUAACCUUUAAAUAGAUCCCAACAACAAUAUAUUAAAUCUGGUACCAAUGUUUUCUAUUUAUUUACCUUUUCCAUGUAUUUGAAUAGUUUUUUUUUAUUAAUUUUGUGCUUUUAAUCUCUUCUCCUUUCAGUGUUGUAGGAAAAUGAGCAACCCUGCAGAAACAGCAGGAGAUAAGAUUUGAGGAUGGAUAUGAUCCUUUUAUAAUUACAGACCCAUUUUAAUAGCUGCUUACAUGAAGAAUUUGCUGAAUUUUGACCAUCCCUGAUAGGAAAGAAUAAAAAACACAAUCUCUUCCAGUAAUAAGAAAUUCAGCUGCACAAUCUCACCUACACCUUAAAGGUUAAACAAAUAAAAGGUUAAAACAGGACACAUUCUACUCUUCUUGAUAAUACCAACCAUCAGUCAUCUGCUCCCAUGCAGAGCCCUGACAAUCAUAAAAAACAGUGGGAGUUGCUGGCUUCUCCUUGACUACCCAUGCCAUGCUAUCCAGUUAUUAAUUUUUAUCUGUUUAAUUAUGAUAAUCUUCAUCACCCUGUAUCUCAGUUUUUCUCAUCCAUUUUAGUAGUUACAAGAAGAUAACCUCUCAAAGAUCUUGCUAUCUGUAAAUCAGCUUGGGAAUGUUGAAGCCAAUAAAACUGUAUCUACUAAAACUAUUUCCAUUUACACACGUUGGUGUAAGUGUAGAGCAUCUUGGUAAUCUCUAACCCAAAUUUAAUCUAUUGGCACCAGAAGACUGUUAAAGGUAUCUGAGUAUUGCUUUUACCAGGAUUUUGACCUCUGUGGGUAAAACACACUGAUAAAAUUGAAUGUAAAUGAAGUUGUUGACUAUGCUGGUGAAGAAAUUAAAUAGAUAUCUUAAGCCUCUCA